GGCUGGGGCAGGGAGUGGGAGUGGGAGUGGGUGGGAGAGACUGGGCAGCCCCGAGACGCGGUGGAGGAGGCAGAGCGAGCCUGCGAACUCCGCCUCGGCCCACACCACGGUGUCUGUGCCAAUCUCCUAGCGCCCACCCCCACCACCCCUCGUCCCCCACAGGCAGGAGCCCCCGCACCCUGGUCCGCCCCGGCAGUAGGGGGCGCCGAGGCCCUGGCUCCUCCUGGGUCCUGCGGCUGCACCCUCCAGCAUCGGACGGAGUGCGCACCGAAGAGGGGGGAGCCCAGGACCGCCUGAGGGGGGGAAGCCGGUUCCAGCCCCGCUUCUAGGCUGCUCCCCAGCUGAUCUCGCCCUGGGAUCUGAGUCCAGAAAGCAGGAGGAGGAGACUCUGAGGACAGAAAUAUGGGCCCUGCGGGCUGCGUCUUCCUCCUGCCUCUUCUGUUUGGGAUCUCAGGCACAGAUGAGGAGGAACCCGAGGAUCUCGUCAAGUCAAUCUGCGGGCGGCCCGCGGUUUUCUCCGGCAUCGUCUCCGGCCUGGAGGCCAACGUGGGACAGUGGCCCUGGCAGGUCAGCAUCCGCCAGGGCUUGUCUCACGUCUGUGCCGCCUCCGUCAUCUCAAAGCAGUGGGUGCUGACAGUGGCAAGCUGCUUCCGGUCUAAGGACCCCAGAAAAUAUGAGGUACUGGUGGGGUCACUUCAGGUCUCUGGUUACCAAGGCCCCAAAACAGCGAUCAUCCCUGUGUCCAGGAUUAUCCCCUACCCCGGCGUCCAGGGACAUGCACCCAGUGCCAUCGCUGUGGCAGAGCUGGCCCGCCCGCUUUCCUUCAGCCCUCUGGUCCUGCCCAUCUGUCUCCCGACAUCAGCAGUCCAGCUGAAGAACGCAGCCUCCUGCUGGGUGACUGGAUGGGACAAUCCUGGGAUAUUCCAGUCUAUGACACCACCUUACACACUGAAGGAGCUACAAGUGCACCUCAUUGAUCUCCAGACGUGCAAGAAGUAUCAGAAAGAAAGCUUGUUGCGAGGAGCCGAGCGCAUCAGUGAAGCCAUGAUCUGUUCCCGGCUCCCAGUGGGGCAGCCAGGCGCGUGUAUAGCCAGUAGAGGAGAUCCCCUGAUGUGCAGAGUGAAGGACUUCUGGGUUCUAGCAGGAGUGAUGAACUGGGGAUCAAACUGCAUCGGAAUCGACGAGCCUGGAGUAUUUACAAACAUCAGUUUCUACAAGUCUUGGAUUGAGAAGUCAGCUGUCUCAUAUGCUGAGCUUUCUGCUACCCCCAGGUCAGACUUCUCCAGGUUCUUCCCGGUAAUGCUUCUGCCUCUCAUAUUCCUGGGGCCACCCUAACUAGCUGAGGGAGAAAGAGGAAAUGCUUUAAGUUGAGGAUUUUGAGGAGAGAUUUUGAAGAUUCAGCAAGAAAGAAGCAGGUCAGCUCCCUCGAGACACAGCCCUUAGGAGCCACAUCUGCUUGCUGCCUUGUCUCCUACAGGUCAACAUAGAAAGCAAG